AUGAGGACUGCACGCAGGGCAAGCAACGUGGAGGUGCCCUCCUUCCUCCGGCAGCUGGUCAAAGAAACAGAGAAGAUGGUGACUUUCUUUUUCAAAGGAGGAUCAAGAGAAAAGGGAACAGAGGAGCAGGACAACUGUUAUGAUGAUGAUGACGACAUGCCUAGCCCGUACCUGGAGAGGCCCAUUUUGGAGAAACACGUAGCCGAGGGAGAGUCUCAGUCGGGGGUUACCUAUGCAGUGGCGAGCAUGCAGGGCUGGAGGGCUCAGAUGGAGGAUGCCCACACGUGCAUGCCUCAUAUGAGAGGAGAGCUGAGCGAAUGGGCCUACUUUGCCGUGUUUGAUGGACAUGCAGGGAGCACCGUGGCCCAGUACUGCUCUAGGAACUUACUGGACCACAUGCUUGCCACAGGAGGGGUAAAAGCAAGCGCAGACCCAGAGCAGGUGAAGGAGGGCAUCCGCGAGGGAUUCCUCGAAAUUGACCGUCACAUGCACAAACUGGCCCGCGAGGACAGCUGGGACCGCAGCGGCAGCACGGCAGCGGCCGUCAUGAUCUCCCCGCAACACAUCUAUUUUAUAAACUGUGGGGAUUCGCGCACUCUGCUCUGCCAUGACGGCCAGCUGGUUUUCUACACGGAAGAUCACAAGCCCUUCAAUCCUAGAGAGAAAGAGCGUAUUCAGAACGCCGGCGGCUCGGUCACGCUGCAACGCAUCAAUGGCUCGCUCGCCGUGUCCAGAGCACUUGGCGACUUCGACUUCAAGGAGGUGGACUGGAGGCCACAGACAGAGCAACUGGUGUCGCCAGAGCCCGAAGUGUACGAGGUUGAGCGGGCUGCCAGGGACGAGUUCAUUGUACUGGCGUGUGAUGGCGUUUGGGACGCCAUCGGCAACGAGGAACUCUGCGCGUUUGUGCGCAGCCGCCUGCAGGUGUGCAAUGACUUGCGAGAGAUUUGCGCACAAGUCAUCGACCUCUGUCUCUACAAGGGCAGCUUGGACAACAUCAGCAUCAUCAUUGUGUGCCUCCCUGGCGCCCCCCAGGUGUCACAAGAGGCUCUGCAGCAGGAGGAAGCACUGGACCGACAUAUUGACAUGAAAGUAGAAGAAAUCAUUCAGAUGACGCGGUCCAAAUAUGAAGAUCCUGACCUUUUGCAUGUGAUUAAGUUCCUCGCUGAUGAGGGGAUACCAGGGCUUCCACCAGGUGGCGGUAUAACCAGCAAGCGAGACUGUAUCAUCUCUUCAUAUCAGAAACACAUCGCAGCUCCCCGGACUCACGAACCAAUGGAAAUCGGUGGAUCAGAAGAAGAUUCCAACUAA